UGAUAGCUAAAACGCAAGUGAAAAACGUGCUUUUGCUCAACAGCUUCGCUGGCCGGUGGUUUAUUAAAUGUCUUAGCAGUUUCACGGGCUGUAGCCCUCGAGUCGAAGCGAUGUCGCGUGCGGAGGCCACUGGAAAUGGUGGCACAGUUGAGACAAAUGCCAAUCAAUUUCCCUUGGACCUCGUCGCCAGAAUCGACAAGACGCCGCAGACCUCGGUAACCGAAGGCAAAGCCGAGGUGUUUUUCCCCAGCUCGCACGAUGUGUUCUACAAUCCUGUUCAAGAAUUCAACAGGGACAUGAGCGUUGCAGUCAUCCAAGAAUUCAUUGCCACUAGAAGGGAGGAGUUGGCCAAUGAGAAGACUGCUCAGAAUGUAGACCCUCAGGCAUAUAAAGUCAGUAUCCUCGAGGCCCUGGCGGCAUCUGGGCUGCGCUCCAUACGCUACGCACUGGAGAUCAGCAGUGUUGGCAAGAUACUGGCCAACGACUACUCCACGCAGGCUGUGGAAAGCAUGAAGGCCAACAUUGAACACAACAAGGUUGGCCACAUUGUUGUGCCAAACCGUGACGAAGCAGCGCUGCUAAUGCACAUGCACAAAACGGAUCGAUUUGACGUGAUUGACCUUGAUCCAUACGGGAGCCCGGCUCCAUUCCUGGAUGCAGCAGUGCAGGCUGUACAAGACAGAGGGCUGCUUUUGGUGACGUGCACAGACAUGGCCAUCCUCUGCGGGAACAGCAGCGAUACCUGUCGUGCAAAGUAUGGCGCAGUGUCACUCAAGACCAAGUGCUGCCACGAAAUGGCGCUGCGUAUCAUUUUGCAAAGCAUUGAGUCCCACGCCAACCGCUACGGCCGCUACACCGUGCCGCUUUUGGCCAUCAGCGUCGACUUCUACGUAAGGGUGUUCGUGCGGGUUUACACCGGACCUGCCAUUGUCAAGCGCUCUACGAGCAAGCUCGGCAUGGUGUACCAAUGCAGUGGCUGUGAGACGUUUUCACUCCAGCCAUUGGGGCGCUGUACAGAGAAAGGAAGCAGCUUCAAGUUCAGUCCAGCUCUUGGUCCCCCUGUGGGUCUUACGUGCUCGCACUGUGGCCACAAGCACCACAUUGGCGGACCUGUUUGGAUCAACCCAAUGCAUGACGUUCACUUUAUCCAGCGGCUGAUCCGCCGUGUGACUGAAAGUCCCGAGCUUUAUGGUACAUCCAAGAGGAUGCUGGGCAUCCUUCACAUGCUUGACGAGGAACUCGAGGUACCCCUGUACUUUCUGCUGGACAGAUUGGCAUCCACCGUGCGUGUCUCAACACCGAGCAUGCUUAACUUCAGGUCAGCAUUGCUCAACGCCGGCCACCGCGUGUCCUUGUCACACGCGUGCAAGAACUCUAUCAAGACCGAUGCGCCCAUGGAUUUCGUCUGGGACAUCAUUCGAACUUGGAAACUCCAGAACCCAUCUAAAAGGCCACUUGAGCCAGGGUCACCUGGAGAAUACAUCAUGAGGACAGAGCCCAGUUCGCCAGUGAACUUCUCCAUCCAUCCCGAUGCCAAUCCUUCGUCACGAGAGCAGCAGCUACUAAGGUACCAGGUGAAUCCUGAACCCUGCUGGGGCCCAAAGGCCAGGGCCAAGACCAGCCUGUGGGCAGACAGAGAAGUCGAGAAGAGCCGGAGGUUGCAGGGAAAGCGCAAGCUGAAGGAGGCGCCAUCCAACGACACAUCCGACGAACCGUCCUCAGCCAAACUCUCAGCAGUGGCUGCAGGAGACAUUUCUCAUCAGACAGAGCAAGAGGAGACAAUGGAGUGCAGCGAUGUCGUUGAAUCUGAGGAGAAGCAGGACGCUAGUAAAACCUAGAACACAAUCUCCGUCUCAUGUAUUUUUCAUCAGUGAAGUGGGUGUG